AUCGACUAUACGUUACCAAAUUGCACAGGUCGCAGAUCGACAUCAACCUCAUCCAUCACACAUACACAUCAUAGCCUGUGGCAAGAAAGGCAUCAUCUUAGGACUCCUAUAUCUUGUAUAGGUGUGGACAGAAAACCUUCAACGUCCAAAGGCAAAGCAUGUUCAAUAGCUCUGGCCAUAGCUUCAUUUAUAGUUCUAGUUAUAGUUUUAGCGAUAGCUGGGUUAGCUUUAUACAUGGGCAUCUCAAACACAGAAUCCCCUGCUAGUGCAACGAUCACGUUUAGCUGUAGUGCAAAAGUUCUCAGGGGAGAUAGGUUUAUAGGGGCUUUGGACGAGAAAGCUUCAAAAUACAAAAAACAAAUCGAGACGUUGUACCAAAGAAGUUCUUUGGGCCCGGCGCUUCUUUCCGCCUCUGUGGACAGAUUUGGCAAAGACGGCGUUACUAUUUAUUUUAGAUUAGCUUUCAAUAGACGAAAACUCGUCGAAGAUCUCACAAACAUAGAAAAGGCAAUAAAGGACAUCUUCCUAAGCGACUCAUACGCAAAGAAACCGAUUUUUAGGAACGUAAGAUUUGACCCAAGAAGCAUUAUGAUUCGGCAAGUCCAAAAAACCGCUUCAGGUCCAACAGUGCCUCCUAAAAAUUCGCUUAAGCCAAACAAAAUGGGCGUUGUUCUAAAAUCGACAAAGAAUUCCACAGCGUUUAGUUCAGUAACGAGUACUGCGAAGCCAAUAAUCAAAGAUGAGCCAGAGUUCAACGAAGAAGACUUACCAGUAAUCCAAGGUUCCUUUAUGAUAAGUAAAACUGAGGCUGAUAUUACACAGAAAAAGACUGGAACAUCAGAAACCAAAGGCAGACCUGAUAAACCAACAAACGCACCGACUCGAAAAACCACGUUCAAAGAGUCCUCGGUGACUAGCGCUCCUUAUAAAAUUCCUGGCAUCAAGGGGAAAAUUACGAAAGUGAUUUCCCCUACAGCACCCAGUUCGACUACACCACUGACCACCCAAUCAACCACCACCACGCCUACCACUUCUAAAACUACGUCAAAAUUUAAAGGAAGUCCCCAGAUUUCGGACGAAGAGCCAUGGAUUCCAAUUUUACCAAAUCUGCCAACAUUUACCAAAGGAGAACCGCCUGCCAAUGAGAACAUCCCGGUGUACACCAGUUUCACCAAUCCUGGCUUCUCGUUUCAAGGCGAAGAGAGUGAACGUUUGGGAUCAACCAGCCUAAAAAGCCACCCGAUUCCUGUUAAUAAAAUUCCAUUUACACACCCCUAUGUUGAUGCUAGCACCGAACCCACCAAGGUUCAUGUUGUGGAAAUUACAACUAAUAGCGUCACACCGGAAACCGAACCAAAUUCCAGCUUUAUCCAAAUAGAAACUAUUAAUCAUGAAGCAGAACCAUCAGUCGAAGACGAUGUUGCUCAAGAAUAUCCAAUGAAGAACAUAUCCACCAUUUUUUACGACUUAGCUACAAGUUUGGAAAAGAGCAAUAUGUCUGAAAUUGAGGAGGACAUGAUUUAUCAGCCGGAGUUCAAAGAACCAUCUGGGCAAGGGCAUGUUGAGGUUGUAGAGGUAGAUGUAGAAGAGCUGCUCACGCAUACGACGAAGAUUCCGUUGGUGACGCUCCUUCCAGUGCGAUCCAACUCGGGAGUAGGACGUCCAUUCAAUCGACAUCGUCUGGGGGAUAGCAAUAAUCUAUCAGUGGAAAACCGAAGCUUCCCCAGUCAGCUAACCAAGCAAAACCUGGACGUGCACGUUAAACAAAAAAACAAGACUAGAGCAGUUCCAAGUCCCACGAAUGUUAGCAGCGCUGACAACUAUAGAAUCACAGGUAUCCUGAACUUCGCAAAAGAAGGCUUUGACGAAACGGAGUCUGCUGGUCAUUCAGACAUUGUGAGGUUCCCCAAAAUGGAUCAAGUUCCUGAAGAUCAGUCAGGAUAUUCUGUGACAUUUUCGUCGUCCGUUUUAUCUAAUGGCGAGAAAACCACCAAACACUCCAAUCUGCUGACUGCGGCGCAGAUUAAGCAACUGUCCGAAAUCAGCAACAUUCAUGACAAUGAAACUCUGUUUGAAGCAGAGCCUGUAAUUUCCACCAAAGCACUGUCAUCUAGCUACUCCACUAAUCACAACGGCUUUAAAAUUUUAACCAAAACAUUCAACAAAACGCCGGAUAAUUUAAAGAACAACGACACCAACAGCUACACUAAGCUUGGGUUCAAUAUCAAGCACUUGGAAAUAGACUGCGAAGACUCGGGCUUUAAAUGCGGCGAUGGAAAAUGCCUUCCAGAAUCAGCAAAGUGUAAUCAACUAAUAGACUGCGCGGAUGGAAGUGACGAGGAAAACUGCAAUUGCGCUGACUACCUCAAGUCGCAAUUGCUGACCAAUAAAAUGUGCGAUGGUGUAGUGGAUUGUUGGGAUUUUUCAGAUGAAAAUCAAUGCA